ACGGUUGGCUGCGGUGGGGUCUGCGUCGCCUCUGGGACCGUGCCGCCUACGACCUGAUCAUCAGUCGAAAGGGCCGCAUUCCGUGCUCAGAUAGUCUGCUGGUGACGCGAGUACACGGGCCCGGACUGUCGUCAGACUACUGUCUUCAGAUCCGCCCGGAGCAGGCGCUGGCCGCCCUGGAGGCCCGUCUGGAGGCGGACGAGCUCCUGGCCUUCCAGCAGCAGACCGAGAGACGCAUCCAGCAGCCUCAGCAGGCGUUCGGACAGUUCGUACAGCGUCUGCUGACGCCGUUCUCGGUACAGCUCUGCAGGGACGGGGUCUAUGGGCAGUUACACGCCGAGGCACAGCAGCUCACCAACACCCUGCAGGAGCGAAUAGACAAGCGUCUGCACGACCUACAGACUGGCCUUGCCCCGACGCAGAGGAAGAAGGUCAAAAUGACACCCAGGGACCUGAAGCUCUGUCUGGUGGCGGGCGCGCGCCUACUGGAGCAGUUCUACCCGCACCACGUGCUCUCGCGGCUCCCGUCGGGCGGUGCCGAGUUCUGGGAGGGACGCGGCCUGGCCCCGGCCGACUGGCCGGCACUCUGCGCCCUCCUGCUCACAGAGGUGUUCUCACAGGAGGUGCUCACGCCGAUGGAGGAGAGCGAUACGAGGUUCUACUUGGAGGUUCACCGAGUAAACCUCAGUCGUUACACGGAGCUACUGCGGUCGGCCGCCGCCUCCGACCCGCCGCCCGUGCUGGCCGUACAGACGGCCAAAAACAUCCAGGUGGCGCCGCCGUCUCUGGACGUCAACUGUUUCUCGCCAGUCGGCAGACAGAGACAGACGGGGUCGCAGUCGCGGAGAAGCACGCGGCAGCAGCUGCAGCCCUGGAAGCGGCAUCGCCACACGCCCUUCACAGCAGAGAAGCUACAGAUCCCACUGCCUCUUCCACAUCCAGCUCGAAUCGCCGCCAUCGUUUACAACAGAGACACCGACGAUCCUGUGGCCGCCGAUGGACCCCUGUCUGCCGCAAUGUUUGCCGCUCUGGAGGGAGCCGAACCAACCGGGCAAACGCAUACAGAGAAUGAAGGGAACGCGGGUACAUCUCGAGGGGCCGAAGCGCAAGUGAGAAGGGAAGGAGAAGGUGAUGAUUCUGCGUCGUCUUCGUCUGCCUCUGCGGCAGCGGCGACGGCUGUGGCUUCAGCAGCGUCAGCAGGGAGGGAGGACUCUGAGACCGAAGAGGCGGUAGCAGCAGCGACCGUGGCGGUAGGAGGAGCAACUGGCGGACGGGGGGAACCUCACGUGGUAGUUAUUCCACUCGGUGACCUCGCCUCGGCUGCCGAGCUGGGCGCAGGGGACCUGGUCUCGCACAGUAUAAGGACAACAGAUGUGUGAGAGGGUGAGUGUGUGAGGGUGAACUGGGUGAGAGAGGUGAGAGCCUGGUGACGGACACUCCACCACAGCUCAGUAUCUGGCGAGUGAAGAUUGGAGUGAUGAUAUGUGACGCACAGGUGAUGGUUGCUGGACGAUGCUGUGAAGCUCGAGGGUGACUGGGUUAGUCACUAAUCGGAUGAUCGUUGGAGCUGAUGGAGAAUGUUCUGCGCCACGCACAAGCUACUGUUGGUCCGCUUGCACCGCCACGGCUCUCUACUCUCACUCCCUCUCCCCUCUCCCCAUGUCCCCCCCCCCAGCCUAAUCCCGUCCAUGCCACUCCCCUACGAUUAUUUCUUCCCAUCCCCCGCCCCUCCCCUCGUUGGUGCUUCAUUUCGGCCAGUGCGAGACGCCAGUGCUGCCGCCUAGUGAUGGAUGCGUGAAGUUCAGGUCGUGUUUGGAAAGUGUAGAUGGUGCCACGUUAGAACCGCUGCCGGAUUUUACUGUUUUGAUGAGAUUAUCCUUGUCUCGCCCACCGCCAAUUUAGAGAAUGUGUGACCUUUGUCGCAUGUCACUUGUGGUUUGGUGACAGAGGUGUUUUGUUACUAGGAAUCGUUUGACUCACUCUGUGGGCUACAUGUUUGUAUGGCUGCCAUGGAUGUUACGCCGGGGUACGUGAGAACGACGCAUGUCUACCAAAUCAAUGGCUUACGGUUGUUCGAUGCGUUGUGCUUUUUACACAUUGCUACCAUUGUUUUUUUUUUCGUUUGGGGAGCUUUUAUACGUGCCAAACACUAUUUUUGUUUUUGAUGUUUUUAGCACAUCCGUAACUUGUCCAGCUGUUGCUUUUGAACGUACUCACUCAUUUUGGAUCAUUGUAUGCUUUUCAUAUGUUUUAGCAUUUUGUUAUCCCGCUUAGUGUAUCUGCUUAUUUCUGCUUACUUGUCCCCAAGUGCAAUGCUACUCGUUUGUGAUUCCCGCUCUAACCGAUAUCUCGCCGCUGUUGUUCUCGUUCAGGUGAUGCGAUCGACUAUGAGUCGUGCUUUUUUCGAUAUGUAUGUGCUGGAGAGGCGGAGUUAUCUCUCGCUGAGAAAUACAAUGGCUCGUCAACCUG